UGAAACCUCGGUCUUUAUUGCUUUUGCCCACCUGUUUCCUCCUCCUCCUCUGUCUUCUGUCGGGAGGCUCCUGCUCAGAGGCAGAGCACAAGCUUUUCUCUGUGAUAUUCUCCAGCUACAACCAAUACAUACGACCAGUGGAAAAUGUGUCUGACCCAGUCAUCGUACAGUUUGAAGUGUCGAUGUCACAGCUAGUCAAAGUGGAUGAAGUCAACCAGAUCAUGGAGACAAAUCUGUGGCUGAGACAUAUCUGGAAUGACUACAAACUCAGAUGGGAUCCAAAAGAUUUCGGAGGCGUAGAGUUUAUCCGUGUGCCAUCCAACAGGAUAUGGAAGCCGGACAUCGUGUUGUACAACAAUGCAGUGGGAGACUUCCAGGUGGAUGACAAAACAAAGGCACUCCUACGUUACAACGGUGAUGUGACCUGGAUCCCUCCCGCCAUAUUCAAAAGUUCUUGCAAGAUUGACGUCACCUACUUCCCCUUUGACUACCAAAACUGCACCAUGAAGUUUGGCUCCUGGACCUACGACAAAGCCAAGAUUGAUCUUGUGCUGAUUGGCUCAACCAUCAACCUCAGGGACUUCUGGGAGAGUGGCGAGUGGAUGAUCAUUGAUGCCCCUGGUUACAAACAUGACAUUAAGUACAACUGCUGCGAGGAAAUCUAUACAGACAUUACGUACUCUUUGUACAUCCGCCGCCUGCCUCUGUUCUACACCAUCAACAUGAUCAUUCCCUGCCUCCUCAUUUCCUUUCUUACUGUGCUGGUUUUUUACUUGCCCUCAGAUUGUGGAGAAAAAGUCACCCUGUGUAUCUCAGUCCUGCUCUCUCUAACUGUGUUCCUGCUGGUCAUCACAGAGACCAUCCCCUCCACCUCGCUUGUCAUCCCCCUGAUUGGUGAGUACUUACUCUUCACCAUGAUCUUCGUCACCCUCUCCAUCGUUAUCACCGUUUUUGUGCUGAACGUCCACUACCGCACACCAAAGACCCACACGAUGCCCUGCUGGGUCCGAAGUGUGUUCUUGGGACUGCUUCCCAGGGUGAUGUUCAUGACCAGGCCAGAGAGGGACCCGGAGGGUGUGCCACUGCCUGGCGCCAUGCAGCCGUUGCAUUCUAGGCCUUGUGCCAUCCAUUCAUCAGGUACUCUGCAAAAGCAGCAUAAACCUCAGGCCCUGCCCUCCAGUGUGGUGUCCACCCUGACUCAUCGCCAGCGGCUUUUCAUAAACACAGAGCUCUCCAACCUCAACAACUUGAGUGGAGACCCAGCAAAGGCUCAGGGCUCUGGGUUCCUGUGCCGCGAAGGUCGCUGCAACUGCUGCUGGCAACAGAGAUCCACCAAACUACCGGCAGACUCUGGGGGAGGGAGUGGAGGGCUCGGCAGCCUGGGGGGCCUCAGCGGAGGCGGUACUGUUGGACGGGCUGGUGGAGGGGGAAGUCCAUGCUCCAGCUCCGAGUCUCUGGACGGAGGACUAAUGUCCCUGUCACUCCUUUCACCAGAGGUCAGGGAGGCUAUCGAGAGUGUCAAGUACAUAGCGGAGAACAUGAGACUACAGAAUGAAGCAAAGGAGGUUCAGGAUGACUGGAAGUAUGUUGCCAUGGUGAUCGACAGGAUCUUCCUGUGGGUUUUUGUCCUGGUGUGCAUCCUGGGAACAGCUGGCCUCUUUCUUCAGCCUCUUUUACUUGGGGAGGACAUUUAACUCAGUUUGACAAAAAACUA